AUGGGCUGGAAAGAAUUCUUUGGAUUCCGCUCAAUACAACCGGUCUGUGACAUUGAACUGAUGCCACUGACACAAUUAGCUCUGAGCCUCAAGGCAGACCCACUCUCAGUUCCUGCCGAACACGAGAUCUCUGAGACUACUUUAAGCAAUUUGUUCGCUUUGUAUUCAUGGUUCCUCGGGUAUCAGAUUAAACCAGAUAUCAGAAACAUGGAUAUUGAUCAAGCGCUCAUGGACAACUACAUCAUGUGUCUCACCGGGGCAUUGCAGGGCCUCUGUACACCUCAUAAUCAGCUCCAAAGCAAUGAAAAUGGAUCCCUUGUGGAACUGGACUUUUUUGGAAACGAUGGGCACAAGAUCCCGGAUGAAUUGGAGACUCAGUGGGAAGUCUUUUCAAUGGAAUCUGAGCCUGGCUUAGUGCAAACUUGCACCGAGCUUGGAACUGAAUUGAAUUUGCUACCUGCUGGACGAGCUAAAUUUCUCUGUGAGAGUUUCUGCGAAGUACUCUUCCAGGAGCUUGCUCGCAUUCGUCCUUCCUUUAAGCGGUAUCACAACGAGGAAUUGCAAGGCGAGCGGUUGUAUUACUCGCGAAAAAACUGCGCAUGGAUUCAGAAAAUCAGACACGAGAGGCCAGGGCUUUGGGUAUGUAUCAUUAUAUGCGGAAUUGUAGACUUGAUGUAUCUUCCACUCUUGUUGAUUUUCGGAUGCAGACUUCUGACCACAAUAGGUUACUUGCCAGUAUUCAUUUACCAAUUCAUGGUGACACUUCUCCUCAGUAUUUCCUAUACAGAUGGCUACGUUAUCGCAUGGAUUUCUAGUCGUUGGAGUAAAGCUGCUCGGGCGCUGUUCAUUGAAGAAGACCAAGUGAUAAGAGCUGCCAAGAGAGACUUUCCUAAUGCUACGUUUGCGGGAGCGCCUAGUAUGGUAGGCUGGCCGGCACAAGUCAAAACUCUACCGCUUCUAGUGAUUUCUCACACAAGUAGCGAGGACCUUAGGAUUACCAUUCCUCUGAGAUUCAGUAAAUUGUUCAUUGAAAACCAAACCGGAGUUGGACAUAAAACCGAGUUUCGAACUUCGUUUGUCUUUUGA